AUGGGUCGCGAUUAUUCGGCUGCGGUCGAGGCGCUCAACACCCUCCAGUCGAACUUCGCGACCAUAUCAAAGAUCCGGAAGUCUUCAAAGGAUAUGAAUGCGCUCGCCAUCCCAGAAAUGAUCGACUGGUGUCGUAAAGCUGGACAUGAGCCUUCUGAUUUCGACCGUUUGAACCCUAUCCAUGUCGCGGGAACCAAAGGCAAAGGCUCUACGAGUUCGUUCGUGUCCUCCAUCCUCGCUCAAUACCUGCCAUCCGUACAGCAAUCCGCCCCAAUAUUACGAAAGAUCGGUCUAUACACUUCCCCACAUCUGCGGUUCGUACGCGAACGAAUACAGCUGGACAACAAGCCAAUAGAUGAGGAGGCAUUUGCGAAGUAUUUCUUUGAAGUUUGGGAUCAGCUCGACGCAGCAGCAAAAGAUGGAAAUACAGCAGAGUCAGGGCCCACUAAGCCCAUGUACUUUCGGUACCUCACACUGAUGGCGUUUCACGCAUACCUUGAAGAAGGCGUCGAUACCGCCAUCAUUGAAUGUGGUAUCGGCGGCGAGUAUGACAGCACCAACAUUCUUGUCAACCCGUCCGUCACUGCCAUCACAUCUCUCGGCAUUGACCACACUCCGGUCCUGGGUCCGACUAUCGAAGAGAUUGCCUGGCAUAAAGCCGGUAUAAUGAAGCCUUCUGCACCAGCAUUCACUGCACCACAGCCUGCUGGUGCUCUCGAAGUUCUUUACAAACGCGCUGCCGAGAAGGGAGUUGCCCUCACCGUUGUUGAGCGCCACCCAGAACUCGAAAACAUCACUCUCGGCCUCGACGGUGACUUCCAGAAAACCAACGCUAGUCUCGCCAUUGCAGUUGCUGCGGCGCAAUUACGCAAACUUGGCCUCACAUCACUCCCCGACCCGGUCACGACACCCAAUUUCCCCCUUCCAGCUGAGUUCCGCCGAGGCCUUGAAACUGUACAUCUUGGCGGCCGCUGCGAGAUUAAACACGAUGGUAAGAUCACAUGGCACAUCGACGGCGGACACACCCUCGACAGCAUUGCAUUCGCAGGGACGUGGUUUGGCGGUCACGUAGCACGGCGGCGCACACAGAAGCGUGUAUUGGUCUUCAAUCAGCAGACGUCGGACCGCAAUGCGGAGGCCCUCGCACGCACUUUGCAUGCGACGCUUUGUGAUGCGUUGAAGACUGAAGCUGAAUUGGGCACAAGUCCGUUUACACACGCAAUUUUCUGCACGAAUACGACAUUCAAGACAGGAUUCAGUGCAGAUCUGACCAGUGUGGUGAAUAGUGGUGCGGAGGUAGACAGUAUGAGUGUGCAGAAGGCGUUGGCAGAGACGUGGCGGGAGAUUGAUCCAGUUGUGGACGUCAGUGUUUUGAGGACGAUUGAAGAGGCUGUCGAGAAAGUACGAGAGAUUGCGGGAGGGGAAGAGGAGGUCAUGGCGCUGAUCACAGGAUCUUUACACCUUGUUGGCGGGGCUUUGGAGGUGUUGGAGACUGGGAACUAA